AUGAGCGCAACACGUGCUCUUACCAGAACGCUGUCAACUGAUUCGAGUGCUAGCUGCGGUACUCGCAUCACGCCGCAUAUUGCUGAUGUGGUGUUCGAUCUGUACCGUAACCCUGACACUGAUACACUCUCACUUUACAGGUUACUCAAGUUGUUGAAAGAGUGCGGAAUCAGAGAGGAUGACCCACGAUUGGCCAGUUUCAUGAAGGCAAUCGCUCUUGAGGAAAGGCGUCAAUCAGUGUCUGAUAUGAAGCCAUCUGAGUUGUCGAAUAAUCUCGAUCGAGACACAUUCAAACGGUUUUUUUUUCUCGAAUGUCUUAAAUUAUUGACGGCUCCCUAA